AUGGUCCGAUCUCGAGCCUUCCACAUGUAUCAGCGCAUGACAUGGCUUGUGGCGUGCAUACUCAUGCUGUUGCUGUCAUGGGUAUUCACGACUCAGACAGUGGUGUAUGGACAAACUUCUUGUCCACAUACACAAAGUGGUUUAAUCUUGUUAUCUUCACUUCCACAGUGGAAUGUCGCCAACGCAGAUCUGAAAAUCACUCAACCUGUCAAGGUCGAUCAAUCACCUGGUGUCUUGCUUCGUUCCAUCACUGUAGAACGUGGAGGUGAAUUGAUCUUUGACAAUGUCAAUUUGAAACUCAAUGUGGAAUACAUUCUUGUGAAAAGUGGUGCCAAAUUCAUUGCUGGUUCUGCUACAUGUCCAAUCACCAGUAAAAUUGUCAUUACUUUCUAUGGUAACCGAACCACAGAAAAUGUCAUUGGUUCUGAUCCUUAUGAUAACACAGCGAGUGGUUCAAAGGGAUUUGUUGCAUGGAGUGGAUCGUAUUUACAAUUGUAUGGAGAUGUGAAUCGACCUACUUGGACCAAUCUUGCUGAGAUUGCUUGGAAAGGAAAUAGUACCAUUCAAGUCAUGGAGAGUACUCAAUGGAAAGUUGGAGACAAGUUGUUAAUUACAAGUACAGAUUAUGGUGAAUUGAUCGAUAACUCGAAAGGAUCUGGUCCAUCUUGGAUGUAUGUCUACAAGACAAACGCAUUUCCAGAUCAGAAUGAAGAAAGAACCAUUGUGCAAGUGAUCAACUCUAAAACCUUUGUCUUGGAUCGACCUCUCAAUUUCACUCAUUGGGGUAAAGACUAUGCUCGUGCUGAAGUUGCAGUGUUAAAUAGAAACAUUGUCUUCCAGGGAGAUGACUCUUCAUUGAACACUCAAUUUGGUGGUCAUUUCAUGAUUCGAGUGUUGGAACAAGUUGAAAUUUCAGGAAUUGAAGUCACACGAAUGGGUCAAAAAGGUGUUCUUGGAAGAUAUAGUGUUCACUUCCAUGUGUUGGCAGAUCAAUCCUUUAACAAGGAACAACCAUUCUUUAUUAAGGAUUCUUCCAUUCAUCAUUCCUUCCAGAGAUGUGUCGUGGUUCAUGAUAGUAAUGGUCUCUUGAUUCAAGACAAUGUUUGUUUUGAUAGUUUUGGACAUCAAUACUUUUUAGAAGAUGGUGGUGAAAUGGGAAAUCAAUUUAUUCAUAAUUUGGGAGUUCGACCAAAACCUGUCGCGAAUGGAGAUCCUCUUCAAAUCAUUCCAUCCGAUCAUGAUGUUGCGGUCUUUUGGAUUACCAAUCCUAAUAAUACUUGGGUGAAGAAUGCAGCAGUGGGAGGAAGAUUUCCAUUUUGGUUUACCAUGCCAUUGAAUGUUGGAGGUAUUUCAAGUGCCAAAUAUGGAAUAAGUAAUUAUUAUAUUCGACCAAGAAGUCAACCAUUGGGUGAAUUCAAAUACAAUGUAGCACACUCUUCGAAUGGAAAUGGUUUUCAAGUGGAUGACAUGUUAAAGCCAGAUGGUACCACAGAAUUAUCAGGUUAUUCACCAAGAAUGGGACCUUAUGGUUAUAAUGUAAAUCCAUCGGGAAGUUCAGUGGAUGCAUUGUUUGACAGUUUAAUUGCUUACAAGAAUAGAGGUUACGGAGUUUGGGCAAGAGGUGGUCCAAUGGUAUUCAAGAAUAUUUCAUCCUUCGACAAUAGAAUUGCCAUGAAUUCUCCACCUGGACCAAGUAUUAUUAUGGAUUCUGUAUUUACUGCUGAAACAGAUAAUGCAGGAGAACCUUGGAGAGCGACUGAUCAAGGAGGAAGAUCAAGACCAGACUUUUCUGGAACCACUACUUUAACUACCUUAAAAGGAUAUGAAACAUAUGACAAUGGUGGUCCACAGAUUCUUGUCAAUGUGACCUUUAGAAAUUAUGUUCCUAACAAGUGGAGACAAGCUGGUGCUUUGGGUCAAUUGACAGAUGGUCCAUUCAAACAUCAAACUUUAAAUAGAUACAGUAACUUGAAAUUUGAAAAUUCCAAUCGUGUUUUCAUCCAUACCGGUUACUAUGACAACAAUAAGGGUACUACCUUAUUAGAUUUAGAUGGUUCUACGACAGGACUCAAACCAGGAGGAUGGAUCGUUUCCAAUGAUUCCAUUCUCACUCAUGCUGCAUGUUCCGUUCAACCCGAUUGGAGAGGUUAUUCAUGUCCAGUCUCUUUGGAAGGUUAUGCUCAACUCUCGAUUACUAAUAUUGGAGGAGAAUUUAUUACAACGACUCCUUUUGGUUCUGAUCCAAGAUUGGCAAAUCUAGGUGUAAGAAUUCCAAGAAUGAUUGUUCAUGACUUGACCAGAAAUGUCUCAAGUGCAGUGUUGGGAGCAAGAGCCUCACAAACCACAGACCAUAUCAUGCACAGUAAUGUCAUUUUGAGAAACUUUUAUGCUAUUCGAUGGGUCAUUAACAUGCCAACUCCUCCUGUCCUUCGAAUUGGAAUUCCAAGUUCCAUGAACAAUGAUUGGAUUGUAGUGACUUUACAAUAUCCAAGAACAGCCUCACUGUACAUUUACACCACUGCAAAUAAUGUUGAAAAACCAUUGAGACCAGUGAACUCAUUGGAAGAAUUAGUUCAAGAUCCAACCACUUAUUAUUAUGAUGAGAAGGGUGAACAUCUCUACUUGUAUUUGAGAAAUCGAAUUGGAAGAGGAUGGAGUGAACGAUGGGGAUUCCCAUUCUAUUCCUAUGAUGGAAACUAUGUCUAUGUCAAUACAACAUGUCCUAAUCGAGUGUGUAGUGUGGAUCGUUAUGAUUUACCAACCAAUGCACAAUACUUUACCAAAAUGUAUCAUCGUGAGGAUCGUUUUGCAGGUGUUUUGAAACCUGUCGUGAAUGGUGCUCGUGGAAAUGGAGUGAUUUUAGCUGCUUUAUUACCUAAUAAGAAGACAUUGGAUGUUGUCGUGCAUCAUGAUUUGACUUUGGUUGCAAAAGAAUUGAAAUUUGGUUUGGGUGAUCCUAAAACAGGUGUUGAGGAACGAUAUUUGGGUCAACCUGGAGUGAAAUAUUCACCUUAUUCCAUUUCAAGAUUCUCCUUAGAUUUGUCCGUGGAUGAUCUUAUAGCAGUAUUGAAAGGUCGUUUCUUUGUCAAACUCUCAACCUCAGAAUAUCCAGAUGGUCAUUUGAAAGGACAUUUGUAUUGUAAUCAAGAAACCAAUGCCAAGGGAGAAUACAUGUGUUCAUUACCUCCACCAGUCGCUGCAGCUCAACCUUGUGAUCCAGCACCACCUGAUGCGUAUCAUAUUUACAAUGAAGCCAAUGAUCCUUCUCAAAAAACAGGAUGGUAUUUCAGUUAUUAUAACCAUAGUGCUGAUGUGGCUAUGGGAGUCUAUAGUAUUGGAAGUAGAAAUUAUACGACAGCACCCAUUUGUGGAGAGUCUUCUCUGUUCUUUGGUCUUCAACGAGGAGGUGCCGUGUUUGGAAAGGUCUUUUCUCCCACAGAUCCACGUUAUCCUGCCAAUAUCAUUAAUUUGAGUGUUUACAAAUAUUAUGAAUUUUUUGUAAAGGCUUUAACUCCAGGAGAAUUGAGAUUGAAUGUCUACUUUACCGAAGUGAGAGACAAUACUCAGAGAGACACGACGAGCCUUCCCGUGGAUCCCAAAUACGUUCAACAUUUCAAGAUGGAUCAUACGAGAGUGACUCGGGUUCGAAUCCCAGUGACCGAUUUACCUUUCACCAAUCGAACCUCACUCAACGCUAUUCAACGAGUAGGAUUCUUAGUGAGUGGAGGAGUCUAUCGAGAAUUCUUAAUUGAUAACAUUCGAUUUGUGAAGGAAGAUGUGGAUACCUUUGUUGCACCAGGUGAUAUUCAACAAUCUCAAGUGGUCGGAUUGCAAGUGGAAGGUGUCAACCCAGAUCCAGAUCCAUUGAGAAUGAGACAACACUUGGAAAGUAUUCCAGUCAUUCCAGUCGAAUCGAGCGCUCCAGUCCAACCAAAGACAUCCAAUUCAAAGAGAGCAACACCAUCGACAAGUAAUGCCAAUUCGAAGAUGCUUGGUUACAUGCUAACUUUAAAGAAUCAAAUCUUGCUUUGUGUUUUCAUGGGCAUUUUGGCUAUCAUGAUGUGA